AUGUUUGUACCGAAGGUCCCAUUCUCUUCAGCUGCCUCCCUGCGCAAUCCCCGGAGACGCCAGCGGACGAGUUCUGAUGAGUCGGUGAAACAACAUCAAGCCAAAAGACAACGGUCUAAUCUGCAUGACAAAAGCCGCGACGAUGACACUGCAGAUGACAAUGUGAUUAGCAAUGAAGAGCAAGGUAUUUCAGCCGGUUUGGAACUCAUGGCAAACGGCGAAUUUGACAACGACCAUGCGAUCAACUCUGGCAUACAUAAACAACUUGUGCUACGAGGUGCUAAAAUAAACGACAGCACAGGGAGCGAGGCUGAUGGAAUUAUUAUCUUAUCAAGAACCGAGCACUAUGUGGUAUCACAACUUCCUACAUUGCCUGAUCAGCUGCGUGGAGGGCAAGACUAUCUAUCCAGAUGUGUUUUCACACCAACCAGUGAAUAUGCAUUAGUAUUGACGCAAACCCACGCUAUCAUUUGGCCCUAUUCAACUUCAAGUUCUGCAUCAGCUCAUUAUGAAGCUUUUACCAUUCCGAUUCCUGAAUCAUGCAUUGAUCCAAUCGGUCAAGCUCCGCUAGGAGUUCUCCUCUCUUCUGGGGGCUCUGGACUUCCUGGCAUGAUGAUCAUAACACCAUCUACAGGAAAAAUAGUUUAUUGGGAGACCAUAUCCAGUGUGUCACUAUCUGGCUUGUCAAAGCAAAGACAAACUGGAAUUCAGGGCAAUAUUUCUGGGAUGCUUUCCGAUGAAUCUGCCAUCAAAGUCAUUUGUGCGGAGCCUUCGGGAAUCAUCGUCACAUUUUCCAGUGGACGAGUGGCUCAUAUCACUGUCAGAAACGCACAAGGGCAGCCGAGCCUCAUGACCGCCUUUCUACAAACUCCUGCCGGUACUGGCAACAGUGGGCUUUUCGGUAGCAUUAAACACGUUUUGGGAGGAAGUGGGUGGAGGAAGGAUACGGUUGCAACCAAAACUGGAAUCUCUCAUCAAAGAGGACAACGAGACGUCAUAACCGCCACCAAAGACGGAUGGUUCGAGAUCUGGGAUACGCACUGGAAUAAUGGCAAUUCCCUGAAAAAAAAGGUGAGUAUCAAACAGGACGUGUGCAGGUUUCUGGGGGCCGAAUCUGUCGGCGUUGCUGGUGGAGAGGAUUUCCGUGUCUUGGACUUCGCUUGCGUAAGCAGAAAAAAGCGCGAUAUUCAAGCCUCGAGUCCAGACGCAGAGGAGCCGUGGUCGUUUUAUAUCCUCAUAUAUCUAUCCCAGAGUUCAAACUGUACUGGUUUAACAGUGGUACAUGUUUCCAUGACAGGUGAUCGGCCAUCUGUUAUAUCUAGCUAUGCGGUUGACAUACGUGGGCUUUCCAUGACAGAGUCAAACGUGUCUGAUGCAAAGAUAUUUGUUCCACGACCUGAUGACACUGCCUUCAUUGUUUUAGGACAGUCGGUCGUCCUACUAUCGCUAGUACCUGGUCAACUGAGUCGAGACUUACAACAACCGAACCAUUCAAGGCGGUGGCCUUUACCGUUCCAGGACAAAAUUCACUUUCGCGGGCACCAAUACAAACUACUGGGUGCUGGUAGCCGUGUCAUGGUAAAUGAAAGGUCGAUUCCAACAUGUCUGGUAAUGGUCCAAGGAUUUGGUGUUGUUCGUAUCGAUGCGGUACCUCGAAUUAAUGCCGAGACCAAGAUCGAAAGCGUUCACAUCACUGCAAAGAGCAAACUGGAGCAGGCUAUUUUCUAUGGAGCAAGAACUACGAAUCCGCUGGAUCUAGCUAGCAAAGAAGGGUUGGACUUCUCUGUUGAAGAGCUUGAGCAAGCGGCAAUGGAAAUUUGCAGUGAAUUGCUUCAUUCAAGGUCUAGCUUUCUUUCGACCACAGGGCUUUCUAUCGAACAGAAUUUGAGGUUACGAGUAAAGGCAUUGGAAGAUCUUGCCUCUCUAUUGACGCGACAUGCUAUGAAUCUAUCCCGCCAAUGUCGAUGGGAAUUACUCUGGGGCGCCGAGAAGCUUGCUGCUCAAAGAGCUAUGUGGAAAGUGAACGAGCAGGCGCUUGUGAAUAGAGAUGGAAAGCCAACAUUCCUAUCAGGUAUCAUUCACUCAAUGACCGAAAAGAUCCAAGUUGAGACGACAAAUAAGAACAGUGACAAUCUACGGCGUUGGUUUUUGCAUGAUACAGAGGAUAUUCAUGACGUGAUACCCUGGACCUUUAGCACUUUGAUGGCUCAAAAAGGAAAAACAUGGAAGUCAGGUGCCAGGACGACCGAAAAUAUAUUUGAAGCGAGUGAACUGUUGUUGUCGUUAUUGGAGACAGCUUUUCGAUAUCGGGAUGAACAUGUCGAUCUCUUUGGACUUCAUGGCGAAGCACUUGAGAACGGGGUAUUAUUGAACGGCUAUGUGGGUCUGCCCGAGUUCUGGACAUCACAAAGUACAGGCUACAUUGAGACAGGAAACUUGUUGAAUCUAGAGUUGGAUGUUUCUAGGGCUUGGACUCAACAAACACCCUCAAAAGUCGAUGAAAAUGAGGCUCAGCUGAUGAGAAAAAUCGGGCAAAACACUGCCCGUCAUAUCCGUGUUCUGGGCCAAAUACACAGCGAACGAUCUCGUUGGCUAUCAGCCCAGGAUGAUCCGAAAUAUUCGGACGAAGGUAUGGCUGCAGAGGAGGCGCACGUCAAACAGCGCCGGUGGCAUCUUUUUAAACUAGCAGGAAUUGGACAUCUUGAUGAUGCCAUUCGCUUGGCUGAAGAGUCGCGCGAUAUGACGGGCCUUGUUGAAUUGGUAAUUGAAUUGCAGGACCAAACUCAGCAUCAUCACCUUGAAAAGGGAUCUACUAGAAAAAGGCAAAGCCCAUGGAAGGAAAGCUCGGAUGAGUUUGGACGAAAGAUUUCACUUUAUUUUUCGAAGUUUGGCGAACCAUGGGCUGAUGCAUUCUUCACACGGCAAAUAUCAAUGAAACAGUCUGGAUCCUUGUUCUCCAUGAACAGCUUCCAACCAUUCAUCACAAAUUUCUUGAGAAAGAGACCCGAUCUUUCACGAAUUGUUUGGAUCAAUGACGUUGUUGGGGAAAAUGAUUACGAAUCUGCUACUCGAAACUUGGAGAAACUGGCAAUCGGUCAGGAAUCAGAUAUCUGGAGCCAUCGAGUAGAGUUGUCUUUGGCCAAACUCAACGGGCUGGCUGCGUUGGAACAAGAAAAAGGUGUACAGCACUCUACAUUGCGAGAGUGCAUUAACCGUGUCGAUAAGCUAAGCGGUGUCGGCACCAUCCAUAAGAUGGUUCAUGACUACAUUUCUUCCUCCUUGCAAGGUGCCAUCGAUGAUAAAGCCGAGGUUGACUUGGCAAUCGAACACUUCGGAAAUAAAGACCUAUUGGACCGUCCAUCUCUCCGUGAGAUAUUAAACGACCUGUUGACGGCAAUAGUGUCCCGACAGGUUAUCGGUCCAGACCAACUUGUACACCUGUUGACGUUGCUAGGCCCACCUCGUCCUUCUGGAGCUGACGGUGAUAUUUCAGAGCAGGCAUUUUACCUGGCUCUUCGUGUCAUUCAACUCAACAGCUAUUAUGCAGAGCAAGAGGAUGCUUCAUAUUUUCUCGCACUGCAAAGGCUAGUCUGGAGACGUUGUAUGAUCAGAGAUAAUUGGGAAGGUAUUUCCCGACAGCUCGAUGCGCCAACUAUAGGCGGUGUAUCGAUUCUCAAUACAUCAUUUUUUCAUACACUUCAAUUAUGCCACAAAUCAGAAACCGGUAAAGACAUGAAGCUGACAUCUGCUCUGUCCCCACUCCCACCCUCCGCUAUCCUUGAGUUCUCUGAUUCCGAUUUUAUUGCUUCACGAUAUCAGACAGAGCGUCAAGCCCGAAUUAUCAAAGAUCUUGACACAGAGCGCCAGAUCCUCCAGAAAUAUGUCAAGGAAGCGGAUCUAGAGACUAGGUUCAACGAAAUGAUGGCCUUUGUCAAAUCCAGUGGUAUGUAUUUUAGGUCUAUUACAGCAUUUAUAUUCGUUCAAUGGGAGUGUCAAAUACUAACAAAAUGA